GAGAAAAAUAAGAGUUGGUGACAUUUGCCCCAUCCUUUGUUAUCCUGUUCACUCUGAAGUCUUGGGUCGAACAAGAAAGGGAGAAAGAUGAUAUUGACACUCCAAACCCCACGUCCACUUUCUCGCCUCCCUCGCUUCCUUCCAUUCUCCACCAACACCUCCGCUCCUUCCUCCACCUCCCUGACCCCUCCGACCUCCUAGCUCAAGCCGACUCACUCGACCGCCGCAUCGCCGCCGGCGAGGAUGUUGGUCCCCUCGCCGGAGUGCUGGUGGCCGUCAAGGACAACAUUUGUACUGCUGAUAUGCCGUCCACCGGCGGGUCACGCAUUCUCGAAGGGUACCGGCCGCCGUUCGACGCAACCGCCGUAAAGAGGGCGAAGGAGCUUGGCGCCAUUGUUGUUGGAAAGACCAAUCUAGAUGAGUUCGGUAUGGGUAGCACCACUGAAGGUUCUGCAUUUCAGGUCACAGCCAAUCCAUGGGAUCUUUCUAGGGUGCCAGGAGGAUCAUCAGGAGGAUCGGCAGCUGCAGUUUCUGCCAGGCAGUGUGUGGUAUCACUGGGAAGUGAUACUGGUGGAAGCGUGAGACAGCCAGCAUCUUUUUGCGGUGUUGUAGGUUUGAAGCCAACUUAUGGGCGUGUCUCAAGAUUUGGACUUAUGGCGUAUGCGUCUUCACUUGAUACUAUUGGUUGCUUUGGUUCAUCAGUCGCUGAUGCCGGGAUUCUCCUUCAUGCAAUUGCUGGUCAUGAUAGAUUUGAUGCCACCUCAAGUAAUCAAGAUGUGCCCAACUUUCUGUCUCAUUUUGUCUCUGCUAGUUCCUUUGAAAGUAAGCCCUUGAAGGGUCUGAGAGUUGGUCUGAUCCGUGAAACCAUUGGUGACGGUGUUGAUGCUGGAGUAAUUUCUGCAAUUCAUUCUGCUGCUUCCCAUUUUGAGGAAUUAGGAUGCUCUGUAAAUGAGGUCUCACUUCCAUCCUUUUCCCUUGGGUUGCCAGCCUACUAUAUCCUUGCUUCAUCUGAAUCAUCUUCCAACUUGUCUCGCUACGAUGGUAUCAGAUAUGGAAACCAAGUUUAUGCUGAUGAGCUUGACUCUCUUUAUGGAAGUUCCCGAGCUAAUGGAUUUGGUUCUGAGGUCAAAAUGAGAAUUUUGAUGGGGACAUAUGCCCUUUCGGCUGGUUACUAUGAUGCAUAUUACAAACGUGCACAGCAGGUGAGAACCAUAAUUAGGAAUAGCUUUACAGAAGCACUCAAUCAAAAUGACAUCCUGAUUUCACCAGCAGCUCCUUCACCUGCUUAUAAAAUUGGUGAAAAGAAAAAUGAUCCCUUGGCCAUGUAUGCGGGAGACAUCAUGACUGUAAAUGUUAACCUAGCUGGACUACCCGCCUUGGUUUUGCCAUGUGGAUUUGUUGAGGGUGGGACUGCCGGGCUUCCUAUUGGUCUACAAAUGAUUGGUGCAGCAUUUGGUGAGGAAGAGCUUCUGAGAGUGGGACAUAUCUUUGAGCAGACACUUGAAAAUUGCAGAUUUGUUCCACCAAUUAUAGCUGAAGACAUUGCAAGCUAGUAUAAAUGAUCCUUCUACCUUUCGGUGAUCCAUAAAAAGUUACAUUAAUUCAUGACAAUAUGGUGGUUGAAGUAUUUUUUUUAAGGCAAUUCAGUACUAUAUGCUGGUGGCAUUCAAUGAUUCAAAUUAGUAGCUUAAGGAAUAUGAUUGACAGUAGCAAUGCGAGAUUCGUUUAGUUAGCUUUUGAUAUGGUGAAUGGGGUGUCACCAGCAUUUUUGGUUUUUGAUGAAAGACCCCCAACAGCUAUAAUUUGGUCAAUGUAAAACUGUGUUAGGUUGAUUUAUGUGUAAAGAAGCAAAUGGUUGUUUAGCACUUUCCAAAAAAUUUGGUUAAUGUAACUACUUCGUAUUAAGAAGUAUUAAGAAA